AUGGACAAAGACACCGCAAAGGAGAUCCAGAAUGCUCAGGAUCAGUCGACACCUCGCUCCACUCGCAAGCGUAAGAGAGAGGAUGUCGAUCUGGAGGACGGCAUCAAGUCUCCCAAGGAAUUUCUGACGCCUUCAAACAAGAAACGUCUCAAGGCAACCCCGAAAAGCGUCCAGAAAUGCAAGAAGUGCUCCGCACUGUCCAAGAAGAACGACCAGCUCCAGGAAGAGCUCAAGCAGCUCGAAGUUGAGAAGAAGCAGCUGGAGGACGCAACCAUGGAGCACAAAACAUCACUCAGGAAGUUGUACGACGUAUACGACAAGAUGGAACAAGAGAACGAGGUCCUCAAGACCAAGUUGAAGAAGCUCGAGAAGUAG